UAAGUAUAAAAGUUGUUCGCUGACUUGCUGUUUAAUUGAUCACCCAGCUAAAUACGUCGGUCGUCCAAAAUAUCCAACGGAGUGACUGCUCCGCUUCCGCGUAAGAGGAUCUUUGUCCGCGCGGCUGACAGGUCUCGCGCGCAGCUGGUCCGUGGAGAGUACAGCGGACUCUUCAUGGACAGGACGGCCGUGGUGAAGGUCGGAGCCGCGGCCAGCGCCAGCGUCUGCGCCCUGCUGGGUGGCGUGGUUCUGGCCCAGUACAUCGUCGCCAAGAAGAAGCGAGCGGGGAAGAAAACUAGGAUCAUAGAGAUGAUGCCUCAGUUCGAGAAGACGACGGUCCACAUGAAGGACCCGGAGAGGGUGGAGCAGAUCAUCUGUGGCCUCAUCAAAGGAGGAGCCUCUAAACUACAGAUCAUCACCGACUUCGACAUGACGCUGAGCAAGUUCGCCGUCAGCGGGAAGCGGUGUCCCACGUGCCACAACAUCAUCGACGACUGCAAGCUGGUGACGGAGGAGUGCCGGGCCAAGCUGCUGCAGCUGAAGAACCGAUACUACCCCAUCGAGAUCGACCCCCACCUCACCAUGGAGGAGAAAUACCCCUUCAUGGUGGAGUGGUAUUUCAAGUCCCACACGCUGCUGGUGGAGCAGCGGCUGGAGAGACACAAACUGGCCGACGUGGUGAGAGAGUCCGACGCCGCGCUCAGGGACGGAUACGAGCAGUUCUUUGACCGCCUGCAGCAGCACGACGUGCCCGUCUUCAUCUUCUCCGCCGGCCUGGGCGACGUUCUGGAGGAGAUCAUCCGCCAGGCCGGAGUGUACCACCCCAACGUCAAGGUCGUCUCCAACUUCAUGGACUUUGACGAAAACGGCGUCCUGAAGGGUUUCAAAGGCGAGCUGAUCCACGUGUACAACAAGCACGACGGCGCCCUGCGCCACACCGAGUACUUCAAGCAGGUGAAGGAGUCCUGCAACAUCGUCCUCAUGGGCGACUCGCUGGGGGACCUCAGCAUGGCCGACGGCGCGUCCAACGUGGAGAACAUCCUCAAGAUCGGCUUCCUCAACGACAAGGUGGAGGAGCGGCUGGACAAGUACCUGGACUCUUAUGACAUCGUGCUGGUGAAGGACGAGACUCUGGAGGUGCCCAACGCCAUCCUGCAGAAGGUUCUAUAACUCCACCUGGGCCCGAUGGACCCCCCCACCCCCCCCCCAAUCUGCUCACCCACCUUUAAAGGCCUUUUUAAAAGACGCUCUUCAGCAGCGCUUCUGCUGUUUGGUCCAUUUUUAAUUGUUUUCAGAUAAAGUGAUACAAUGACACACACACACUUCUUCCUCCAUCUUCACAAGUGUCACAUGAUUCUUAGUUGUUGGACUCGUUGUGGUAUCUGUGUGCGUCCACAUGUCAAAGAUGCAUCUUUACAGAGCUUCAGGAAUGAAUGAUUCUUAGUGAAGACCUGAAGACCACAGACGCCGUGUUGGUUUCAGGAGGAGAAGCUCUGACGAUGUCCAUGUGUUCAUCGUCGUGUCGUACAACACCUUCUCAUGUAAUCUUCAUUCAAACCGUGACGCUCUCAUUUGCAGACAAAGCAGCUCUUAAAACUCGUUAAAGCCAGCAUGAGGCCACUGAACGGACUCGUCCUGAGCUCUUAGUUCCUCGUGGGGGGGGUUCAAAGAACAUUUGUACCGUUGUGUUUUAAAUGUGCUGCUAUCACUGCAUGUUGCCUUUCGUAUUGAGUUUGUGUAAAAAGAAGCAGGAUGAACUGAAAUGUCUGUGUAUAUAUAAUAUAUAUAUAUAUAUAAAAUAUAUCGAUUUAAAACUGAGUAACGUCAUGCUGUUUAUGUUGCCGUGGACAUUUCUGAGGGAUGGUUGUAUUUUUAUAAGCUUUUUCUCUUUUUCUUUAAUGGUGUGAUUUGAAAAUGCAAUAAAAUGUCCAUUUUUGAGCUGAGACAGAAA